AUGACCGAACAACCUAAUUAUGAAGAAGAUUUGCUAGCGGAUCUCCAAAGUGGCUCUGAAGAUGAGCUAGAUUUGAAGGAAACCGAGGAGUCUGUUUCUGAUGUCCCACAAACUGCAUUUAAUGGAGAGAACUGGCAGGACCUACUACAUGCUUCUCAUCUACACAAUGUGGGGCAUAAACUAGAACAACUAGAUGUGGCGAAAGUCAAAGAUCCGGAUGAGUUAAGCUCAGUGAGAAGAUUGAUUCCGCAAAUACGAGAACAGUUGAUAACAUAUUCCAAUGAACAUGAGACCGACUACAUGGAGUUGUUAGCCUCGGUAAACGACGAAAAUCAGAGUGAGGAAUUCAAGUUUCUAAUGUCACUUAGUGAGUUGCCUACUCUCAUUCACGAUGAAAUCAGCUUUCUUCAUAGAUUUGUCAGAACGCAAUAUAAAGUGGUCUUUGGCGAGCUUGAGUCGCUUGUGCCCAGUCCUGUGGACUAUUGUCGUGUGGUACUUCUAGUGGGGCAGGAACUUUCAGAUAUCCGGAGCAAAGAGCCGGAGCUCCAAAAAAUUGUCUCGAACGCUAAGGUUUUAGCUAUCUCGAUGGCUGCGUUGGAAAACUUCACGCGCCUGUUUUCUUUGAAUGAUGCUGAUAUGCUCUUCAUCCAGAAAGCAUGUAAAAUUGCAAUUGAGCUCAACGAGUUUAUCAAAGAAGUCUCAGACUUUGUUUCAAGCAAGCUUUCAAAGUUUGCCCCCAAUGUCAACAACCUAGUUGGUGCUGUGGUCACCUCCCAACUAUUGAUCAGUGUUGGCUCACUACGACAAUUGGCUCUUACACCAUCGUGCAAUCUACCGUCUUUCGGUGUGAAAGACCUUCUGUCCCAGCUUCAAAGAAGAUCACAUUUCGUCAGAGCAACGGGCUACUUGUACUAUAGUGACUUGGUGGUGGGUCUCCCACCGGAAGUCAUAAACCAGGCACUCAGGAUUAUCAGUGGCAAGAUUAUUCUUGCUGCCCGUAUUGAUCUUUCAGGAUCCAAACCGGACGGUAGUUUAGGUUCUGCUUACCUUCAAGAAAUCAAGCAAAAGAUAGACAAGCUUCUAACUCCCCCUGACAGAACAGCUCCGAAGGCGUUGCCAGUGCCUAAAGAGCAAAAGUCAAAAAAGCGUGGCGGCCGAAGAUUUAGGAAGAUGAAGGAGAGAACCCAAAUGUCUGAGAUCCGAAAGGCUCAGAAUAGGAUGGAAUUUGGAAAGGAAGAGACAUCUGUCGUGGAUGCCUUUGGUGAAGAAGUCGGUCUCGGUCUAAGCAAACAAAUUGAUGGGGUGAGAGCAAACAGAAAUACUGAUGCUCGUUUGUCAAAGGCUAUGGUCAACCGACUUAACCAGCAAAAGGAAAGAUCCAAUGACUUAGACACGAUAGUAUUCGCUAGAGAUGAUGCGGAAGGCGAGAAAAAUGACAAGCCGAAGCACGAAAGAAGCUCUUGGUUCUCUGGAAUCAAGAGGAAUCGAUUUGCCGACUUGGAUCUGGAUGAGGAGGACACCAAAAGACAAAAAAGUUGA